AUGGGCUCUAUCGCAGAAUCCCACGAUGAGCACUUCAGUCAUUUGCCACCUUUGGCCGUGGUGGGAAUGUCGUUCAGGUUCCCGUCUGAGGCUACCGAUGCGCAUGAGUUUUGGAAAAUGAUGCUGGAGAAACGAUGCGCUUCGAAAGAGAUUCCAGCUGAUCGAUUUUCCAGCACUGCUCAUCAUCACCCCGACGUGAAUCGAGUCGAUAGUCUCUCUAUACAGGGCGGACACUUCAUAGAUGGAGAUGUCAGUGCUUUCGACGCACCAUUCUUCUCCAUCGGUGCUGCCGAAGCCGAAGCCAUGGAUCCAGUCCAGCGCCUGACUCUAGAAACGGCAUAUCGAGCCAUUGAGAAUGCCGGUAUUCCCCUGGAGCGUAUCACAGGUACCAAGACGUGUGUCUUCACUGGCUCGUUCUCCAUUGACUACGCGACCAUGCUGCACAAGGAUCCACACAUACCGGCCAAGUACCACGCUACGGGCACUGCAACCAAUAUGCAAGCCAAUCGAGUCAGUUGGUUUUUCAACUCGACGGGACCCAGCGCCAACAUUGAUACUGCUUGGUCCAGUAGCUUGAUAGCCCUGGACAUGGUCUGCCAGUCGAUAUGGGCUGGAGAUUCGAACAUGGGCCUUGCAUGCGGCAGUAACAUCAUCCUGACCCCUGAGUCUGGCCUGGCGCUAGACAAUCUCGGUAUGCUCGGCAAGGACAGUAGAUGCUAUAGCUUCGACCACCGUGCCAACGGCUACGCUCGAGGAGAGGGUUUUGGUGUGUUAGCGGUCAAGCCACUUGCAGAUGCAAUUGUUGCUGGAGACACCAUACGUGCUGUCAUUCGUUCUUCAGGCUCUAACCAGGACGGAAGAACACCUACAUUAACCCAACCCAGCAAGCUCGCUCAGGAGAGCCUGAUCAUGGACACGUAUGCGAAAGCUGGACUUGCCAUGUCGGAAACUAGAUACUUCGAAGCUCAUGGGACAGGCACACCCGUUGGGGACGCUAUAGAAGCAAGUGCGAUAGGUGCAUCCUUUCGACAGUUUCGAUCCCCAGAAGCACCGCUUUACAUAGGCUCGGUUAAGUCUAACAUUAGGCAUCUUGAGGGGGCAAGUGGUGUCGCAGGAGUCAUCAAGACCAUUCUUGCUCUGGAAGCUGGUAUUAUUCCGUCAAACAGCAACUUUGAACGGCUGAAUCCCAAAAUCGACGCCGACUUUCUCAACAUCAAAGUUGCUGAAGAUGCCACCCCUUGGCCCACCAAAGGCCUACGAAGGGCAUCUGUAGCGUCCUUUGGCUUUGGAGGCGCCAAUAGCCACAUAAUUCUAGAUGACGCCUACAAUUUUCUCCGUUUGAAUGGCCUCACAGGGAUCCACAACACUGCAGUCAAACCUCCGAAUCAUGGGCUGAGCCUCGAUAUGGCAUUCAAUGCGGGUCAGGCUACGACGCACCCGAAAGUCCUUGUAUGGUCCACAGCAGAUGAGGCAGGAAUUGGCCGGACCAAAUCACUCUGGCAAACGCACUUCGAGACGUUGGCCAUUCCACGGCAUGAUUUACCCAAGUACAUCGACAACGCCCUGAUAGACCGAAUGACAGGGCCUUUGAAGGCAAAUUCAAACCCAGUGCUCGGCUUUGUCUUCACUGGACAAGGAAGUCAAGGGUAUGCAAUGGGGAGGGAGCUCAUGUCCUCCUUCCCAGUGUAUCAGAACAGUCUGAUCAGGUCAAGUGAGAUCUUGAAAGACUUUGGGGCCUCGUGGGACCUCCUUGGCGAGCUUUUAAAGAGCGAAAAAGGCACCAAUGUGAACAAGGCACUUUAUAGCCAGCCAGCACGUACAGCCUUGCAGAUUGCUCAGGUUGACUUGAUGCACAGCCUCGAAGUGGAAGCCACGACCCUGGUUGGUCACUCGUCGGGCGAGAUUGCAGCGGCAUACUGCAUGGGCGCUUUGAAUCACAGAUCUGCCUUGAAAGUGGCCUUCUACCGCGGUGUACUUGCGAGCAAGCUCUCUGGAGCCAGCAAGACGAAAGGCGCAAUGAUGGCGGUGGGACUUUCCCAGUCCGAGGCUGUUCCUUAUUUGAAUGAGGUUGCGGCUGAGAUGGGAUCCGGCCGCCUUGUGGUCGCUUGCGUCAACAGCCCCAAAAACGUGACCAUCUCAGGAGAAAGCAGCCACGUCGACCAUCUCAAAGGCUUGCUGGACGGCGCCCAGGUGUUUGCACGCUUGCUCAAGGUCGACGUCGCCUAUCACUCAUUCCAGAUGCUUGAGGCAGCAGACGAGUACCUGUCUACCUUGAGCGACUUGCAGAGCCAGCCUGUACGCGCAAGAGGCAAAACACCUCAGAUGGUGUCCUCUGUUACUGGGACAUGGGUAUCGAUCGAAAAACUGAGCACUGCUGCAUACUGGGUGGCGAACAUGGUUUCGCCAGUGCUUUUCUCCAAAGCAGUCUCCACGCUCACGUCACGGAGUCCCAUUUCCGCAUUCAAAAAGAUCGACGGAAGCCAUCGCAAGCUGGUGGCAGUCACUGAUCUUCUCGAAAUCGGACCUCACUCUGCAUUGCAGGGACCCAUUGGGGAGAUCUUGCACAGCAUUGAUCGAAACAAGGCUAUCAGCUACACAUCCAUGCUGGUACGGAAGAUCUCAGCACUUGACAGCCUAGCAGAUGCUGUUGGGCGACUGCACUGUCUGGGACCCGCGGUUAGCCUGGAUCGUUUCAACAACGUCACCUCAGGAAAGGCUUCAACCCAAAAGACCCUCAGCUUCUUGCCCGAGUACAGCUUCAACAAAUCGAAGACAUACUGGCACGAGAGCAGGAUCAGCAGAGACUAUCGCUUCCGCAACACGGCCAGACACGACUUAGUCGGCGUGCCGGACUCAGACUGGAAUCCCCUCGAAGCCAAGUGGCGUAAUAUCAUCCGCGUUGCGGAUAUUCCCUGGGUCGAAGAGCACAAGAUCAACGGAGUCAUCCUCUAUCCAGCCGCCGGCAUGCUAGCCAUGGCCAUCGAGGCGACUAGACAGCUCGCUGAUCCGACGAAGCAACUGUCCGGAUUCACUAUCAAGAACGCCACAUUCCAUUCAGCUUUGACGAUACCUGCUACCUCUGCUGGCUGGCAUGACAACUGCAAUGGCUCCAUCCAACUCGUCUACGCCGCAGAAGCUACAGAACUCGAUCAAGGCCAAGAACGUCAAAAAUGGAGCGAUGGACGACGUAGGGACUUCAAAAUCGCACGUGAAGCUUGCGGAAGCCAAGUAAACAUCGACGAGCUAUACGAUGCUAUGAACGACAGCACUGUCACAAAAGUUCGAACUUUCAAAUGGUCGGACUAUUACAGCACUCCGGAGACAGGCAUGCAUCAUGUCAUUCACCCGACGACCUUCGAUUGCAUCUUGCAAGGUAUACUUGCUUCAUACACAGCAGGCGGUACCAAGCGCAUGUCCACGGCCAUUCCUACACAUUUCGAGAGGAUUUGGGUGGCGGCACAGGGACUAGGCUGCGCCGAUGCAGAGCAUGUCAACGUCUUUGGCAACACUCAUCGAGUUGGACGGAGAGAAACGACAUCGACUGUCGUAGCAUUCGACGAAAAGUGCCUGGAGGUCCUUGUUGAAGUGGAAGGAUUCAAGACGACAGACAUAGACGAUAUAGGUGCGGCAGACGACGAACAGGCGACUACUUCGACCAACCUUUGCCACAAUAUCGACUGGAAGCCGGACCUUGACCUCACGAGCUCUCUUCAAGUCCAGGUCAUGUGCGAUGAUUCGGUCCCAGUAGAGGACCCAGAGUCCGAAUUCUUCGACAAGUUGGACUUCCUCCUGAUCGCGUACAUCAAACGGACGAUGAAUAGCCUCACCCCCGAGACAAUUGCCACCCUAUCAGUGAAGAAGCGCGCAGCUGCAUAUCUCGAUUGGAUGAAGCAUAAGUUAGAACUGGUCCACGCCAACGCCUCGAAGGUACUGCCGUCCCAAUUCUUGGCUAGACUCGACGACGCAGCAUACGUCAAGGAGAUCGAAUCGGAGCUGGCCUCGAAGAACAAGCAAGGCAUAUUCUACACCCAAUUAGGAACCAUUCACGAGAAGCUAAUCACAGGCGAGGAAGAUGCACUUGCAUUGUUGUUCCAAGGCGAUCUGGUGAAGGAUUUCUAUUACGAGGUGUGGAACACCGUACCUUGUGUGGCACGCUUCAAUCAUUACCUGGAUGCCAUUGUCCACAAAAAUCCGGCGUGCAAGAUUUUGGAAGUUGGGGCUGGCACAGGAGCGACGACGACACAAUUGAUGAAGACUUUGACCACCCACGGCAACGGUGAGAAAUGUGUCCCACGCUACGGAACCUUUGACUACACAGACGUAUCGCCCUUUUUCUUCAGCGCCGCUCAAGAGACGUAUCACGAUCACGGGUCUAAGAUGAGAUUCAAAACACUCAACAUCGAAUCGGACCCAGAGCCUCAAGGCUUCGAAUGCGGAAGCUACGACAUUCUUGUCGCAGCUGCGGUAUUGCACGCAACAGAAGACCUCGACAAGACUUUGGCAAACUGCAAGAAACUGCUCAAACCCGGCGGGAAACUAAUCUUAUGGGAGAUUACAACUCCGAAUGGUCUCAGAACGAAUUUUGCGUUUGGUCUACUGGAAGGCUGGUGGCUCAGUUCGGAGCCCUUCAGGUCGCGCAGCCCCUGUAUCGAUGAAGAUGCGUGGGACGCAUCACUAAGAAAGGCUGGGUUCUCAGGCUGCGAUGUCGUCUUGAAGGACUAUCAAGACGUUCGCUCCCAUGAGUUCAGCGUUAUCUGCACGACUGCAAUUGGUGCAGUACCUCAGUCGUCCCCCUCCAACGAAACCUCCCAGACGCUCGUUUUGCACACCGACGAUCAGGCAGAGCUGGUUGCACAAACAAAGACGAGUCUUAGCCGCUCUGCCCACAACACCAUCCGGACUGUGAAUGUCAGCAAUUUACCGCAGCUUGCUCCCACGGACGGCACUGUCAUAAUCUCCCUGCUCGAAGUUGGCAAAGCCGUUUGGGAGAACGUCGACCGGCAGCUCUUUGACACGCUUCGUACCUUAAUGACAUCUACAUCAAUCUCGAAUGUGCUCUGGAUCACGAAAGAAAACACUUCAGGCACGGCAACUCCAUCUCUGCGACUGAUCGACGGCAUUGCUCGUGUCUUGAACUCGGAAACUGACAGCAAUCGAGUCAUCUCAUUGGAUCUUGAAGAGCAUGACCAACAGCUCGGGCUUCUCAGCGAUCAUCAAAUGGGCCACGUGGACCGUCUGCUGAAAGCCGUUUCCCAGGGCACUCUCGUUGAUACCGAGUUCAGGGAACACCAUGGAGUCAUGAACGUCGGCCGCUUGAUUGAAUCCACCGGUCUCAACGAGCAGAUCUACCGUCGAGAGCUGCCAUCACAAGUCGUGACCCGACCAUGGAAGGACGCUCUACCCCUACGACUUGCUAUUGGGACCCCUGGGCUGUUGAACACAUUGCACUUUAUCGAAGAUACCGAAUUCGACCAAACUCUGGCUCCCGAAGAAGUCGAGAUUGAUGUACGCAGCGUGGGUCUCAACUUCCGCGAUGUCCUGAUCGCCUUGGGGCGGCUGAAUCAAGAUAGAGUCGGCUGCGAGGUCGCCGGAAUAAUUACCAGGGUUGGAUCGGAGACACAAGACUUGAGACCUGGCGAUCGUGUAGCGGGGUGCUGCUUUGACAGCUACAAGACGUUUGCUCGGAUCAACUGGCGCGGUGCGGCCAAGAUUCCGGACGAUAUGUCGUUUGCUGUUGCAGCCUCGUUGCCCGUGAAUUACUGCACUGCGUGGCGUGGCCUUCAUGAUAUCGCAAGGCUGCGCCCUGGAGAAUCCGUGUUGAUCCACUCCGCCGCCGGAGGAACUGGCCAAGCUGCCGUCCAAGUUGCAAGACACUUGGGUGCCACUAUCUUCGCUACUGUCGGUACAGAAUCGAAGAAGCAGCAACUCAUCACACGAUACGGUAUUCCCCACGACCAUAUUUUCUCCAGCCGAGACAUCGAGUUCGCCCGUGGCAUCAAACGCCUUACGAAUGGACAGGGCGUUGCCGCUGUCUUCAACUCCCUUUUCGGAGAGGGACUUGCGGCCUCAUGGGACUGUAUUGCACCUUUUGGACGAUUCAUUGAAAUUGGCAAGAAGGAUAUUUUGGCCCGUGGCAAACUCGAGAUCCUGGCUCCAGUCGAGCCGCUACAAGUCUACGGUGUGUCCGAGAUUGAGAAGGCGUUUCGGGUCAUGCAAGCAGGCAAGACGUCUGGUAAGAUUGUGGUCAACAUGGACCCGAAUGAGCAGGUUGAGGCCUCAGUGCAGACCCGACCGAGCUUUUACUUUGACUCGAACGCAACGUACGUUAUCUCUGGUGGCCUGGGAGGCAUUGGCCGUAGCGUGGCAACCUGGUUUGCUGAUCGUGGAGCUCGCCACCUUGUUCUUCUCUCGCGCUCGGGAGGCCGCACGAUCGAGGAAAAGCAACUCAUUGACCAGCUCACGUCCAAAGGAGUGCAGAUCAAGACGCCAGCGUGCGACGUUGGUGAUGCAGAGGCGCUGAGGGCCGCACUUCAUGACUGCCAGCAAAACGCGGCGUUUGAGAGCAUGCCUUUUGAGUCAUGGGAAGCGGCAACAAGGUCGAAGGUCGGCGGCUCUUGGAACCUCCACAGCUUUUUGCCUUCGGGAAUGGAUUUCUUCGUCAUGUUCUCUUCGGUGGCCGGGGUCUGCGGUUCCAAAGGACAAGCUAACUAUGCGGCCGGCAACGCCUACCAAGAUGCUCUGGCUCAUUACAGGGUCAAAAACGGAGAGAAGGCGACGUCCCUGGACCUCGGGCCGUUCUUCUCGGUCGGCAUCAUGACGGAAAACAACGAUCUGCAGUCGAGAUGGAAGGGACUGGUAGAUGCCCCUGUCACCGAGGAGAAUCUGUUCGCUCUGCUCGAUUACUAUUGCGAUCCCUCCAACUCGAAGACUAGGGAUGACCUGCUGUGUCAGACCACCGUCGGUCUUGCACUAGGGAUCCGCGUCGACAGCGGCUCUGCCUACUACCUACGCAAGCCCAUGUUCCAGAACCUUGCUCUAGCCCGUGAAAAUAGCGUGGCGGAAGGGGUCCUGGGAGGAGCAAAACAAGACGCAGUCGACUUUGCGGCCGUGUUUCGCAACGCUGCUACAGCUGCGGACGCAUCCAGUGCGGUCAAAGAUGCGUUGACUCGCAAGUUGGCUUCGACGCUAUCUCUGUCCAUGGAAGAUCUCGAGGCGGGUGAGCACAUGCAUAGUUACGGGGUGGACUCGCUGGCGGCAGUGGAGAUCCGCAACUGGUUCGCAAAGGAGGUCCAUGCGGACAUUGCCAUCUUCGACAUUCUGGGAGGCUCUACCAUCGCUACAGUCAGCUCUUUGGCUGCAAAUAAAAGCAAAUACAGACCGGAAGGAUGGGCUGGUUGGGUAGGCGAAUGA